AUGGCACAAUUUGAUCCAACGGGACUCAUCUCUCCAAUAACUGUGCGCGGAAAGAUGCUGAUCCAAGAUCUCUGGCGUACCGGUUGUGACUGGGAUACGAAAAUUGAUGCGGAAUCGUUCGAUAAAUGGCGUCGGUUGACUGGUAUGAUGCGAAACAUCAAAUCCUUCAAGAUAUCGCGGAGUUAUUUUGGAGACGCUAAAUCGACAGAGAUACAGGAGUUAGAGCUGCAAAUUAUGGCAGACGCAAGCGAGAAAGCAUAUGGAUGUGUGGCAUACUUUCGGGCAGUCGUAAGAGGUGAAGUGCGGUGCGCACUGGUUAUGAGCCGUUCUAAAGUGGCCCCGCUGAAACAGGUAUCCAUUCCCCGUCUUGAGCUCCUGGUAGCAGUUCUUGCUGCACGACUGUCGAGAACUGUUAUCGAGAACCACAGCCUAGUCGUCGGCCGAGUGGUAUUCUGGGUGGAUGCUAGUGUGGUGCUCUCGUGGAUUCGCUCCGAUCAACGCCGAUAUAAACAAUUCGUCGGAUUCAGGAUCGGCGAAAUUCUCAGGCUAACGAAAUUGACUGAUUGGCGCUGGGUGCCUACCAGGAUGAACGUAGCGGAUCAGCUAACGAAGUGGGGCAAAGAUCCAGAAAUGCAUCCUGGAAGUGCGUGGGUUCGUGGGCCCUCCUUUCUAUACGAAAAUGAGGAGAAGUGGCCGAAGAAAGAAUUACCCCCCUCAAAUACGACGGGAGAGCUACGCAUUCAUCUGUUGUUGCACAAUGUGAAGGUACAGACGAUUCUCAUAGACGCGGGGCGCAUUUCCAAAUGGACCGUGCUCGUGCGAACGAUGGCGUGCGUUUUUCGGUUUAUCUCGAACUGUAGACGAAAGUGCAAAGGACUGCCGAUUAAAACGCUGAAACCGACGAAUCUGCAAGCAAAGAUGUUGAAGCAGAAUGCGGUAGUUUGUACUAUUGUUCCAUUGCAGCAAAAAGAGUAUGAUAUGGUCGAAAAAUGUCUGCUGCGUAUGGCUCAGGCAGAGAGUUUUAUUGAUGAACUAAAGUUGUUGAAACGGAACGAAAACCGCCCAGUAAGUCAGUGGCUCGAAAUCGAUAAAUCUAGUCCUCUUAGAAAGCUCACACCGUUAAUCGAUGAGGCUGGCUUGAUUCGUAUGGAGGGACGAUGUGCGCAGGCCGAGGAUCUUCCAUUCGAUCUUCGAUUUCCUGUCAUUUUACCGGAUGAUUCCAGGAUCACCAAUCUGAUUGUCCAGCACGUUCACGAAAAGUGUGGCCAUGGAUACAGACAAACGGUAAAGAACAAACUGAGACAACUGUUUCAUAUCAUUCAUAUGGACGCAGUGGUAAAAAAGGUAUCAUCGGCUUGCAUGUGGUGUAAGGUUAAUCGCAAUCGUCCGCGAGUUCCCCGAGAAGCACCGUUGCCGGUGCAACGUUUAACACCAAGUCUUCGUCCAUUUAGCUUUGUUGGAGUAGACUACAUGGGACCGUUCGAAGUGACCGUGGGACGCAGAAGGGAGAAACGGUGGAUAGCACUAUUCACCUGCCUGGUUACGCGGGCGGUGCACCUUGAGGUCGUGCAUGGACUGACAACACAAUCGUGCUUGAUGGCGAUAAAUCGUUUCAUUGGACGACGAGAUUGGCCAAUAGAGUUUCUGUCGGAUAACGGGACCAAUUUCCAAGGGGCAAGCAAAGAGCUGGCGGCACUCAUUAAGGACAUCGAGUUUGAUUGUGCGGACGAGUACACAAAUGCUAAAACGAAAAGGACGUUCAAUCCUCCCGCUUCACCCCACAUGGGAGGUGUGUGGGAACGCUUAGUCCGCUCGGUAAAGGAGGCACUGAAAUCGUUACAUGAUGGCAGGCGACUUACGGAUGAAAUCCUUCAGACGGUGAUUGUGGAAGCCGAGGACAUGAUAAACUCCCGACCUCUCGCAUAUACGUCUCAGGAGUCUGAGGAAGCAGAAGCUUUGACUCCAAACCAUUUCUUGCGUGGCCCCCCCUCGAGGCGACAAGACGUAGGUAUUCCGCCGGCAAAUCCUAGUGAAGCUCUGCGGGAUGCGUACAAACGAUCACAACAGUUGGCUGGUAAGAUGUGGCAGCGUUGGAUUAGAGAAUACGUCCCCACUCUGAACCAACGCACCAAAUGGUUUGGUGAAACGAAACCGUUGAAGGCGGGUGACCUGGUCUACAUCGUCGAGGGAAACAACCGGAAGUGUUGGGUUAGAGGAAUAGUAGAGGAGCCUAUCAUAUCCAGAGAUGGUCGCAUUCGACAAGCAUGGGUGCGUACGCGAACUAAGCGCUACAAGCGUGCAGUAGCGAACUUGGCUGUGCUGGAGUUAGAAGUAGGUAACACCGAACCGAAAGUAACUUCCGGACCUGGGUUACGGGUCGGGGAAUAUGUUGGGAACACUGCCAACCUGCUACCAAGCGAUGCGUAA